GAGGAGGAGGAGGAGGAAGAGGAGAGGAGAGGAGUAGACGCACCAGAUGGGAUCUUGGCAUUAAUAAAAAUGGAAGUCCUGAGGAACUGAAGUGCCCUCUGCAGGAGAAGACAAUCACCUCGACUCACUGUGAAAUCAUGAGCGCUCCGACGACGGGAAGCCCCAACAUGGAGGUGAAGGUGGUCUCCCAGGAGAUGGCAUUGCUUAGCAACAUCCUGGCAGCCUACACCUUCAUUGCAGACCAACCUGAGAGGACGGCGCUGGUGUUUCUCGGCGGCGUGUGCGUCGGCCUCCUGGUCACGCUGUGCGCCAUCGUCUUCCAGAUUCACUGCCGAGCAGACUGCCACUACGGCAACAGCAACAACCCCCAGCAUCGCCACAGGAACAAACAUCAUCAUCGCCGCCAUCACAACUGUCCCAUCCAUCAGCAGGGCGACGGCAACCCGGACCACACUGCCGUGGUGGCCUCUGGGCCCACUGGGCCCACUGGGGACAGCGAGUCGGAGGACUGGGAUGACACGUCUGACCUGUCGGCACGGAGACGCAGGCGCUUCGAGAGGGCCCUGCUGCACGCCACCAUGUUCACGUCAGCCGAGGAGCUGGACCGAGCCCAGAGGCUAGAAGAGCGGGAAAGGAUUCUUCGGGAGAUCUGGAUGAACGGACAACCAGACAUCAGCACGGUCACUCAAAGCCUCAACAGAUAUUACUGACACGAAAGUAAACACAAGGUCAGACCGGGAGGCAGACGGAGAGGAAAACGGAAGACGUAGAGGCAGACAGACGGAUGAACAAAUGGACGCGCAGGUGAACAAACACUGUUGUGAAAUGAACAAUGAUGUAUUGACAGCACCAAAGAGUCUCUUAUCAAACUGCCGGUGACCGUGCAGCCGGUCCCUCCAGGAACACACGCGAUGGCUCUGGUCCUCCAAUGUGAGAUGACAGUUUCGUGUUUGGAAGAAGAAAAAGACACUACGGAGCUGCUGUCGUCUGCUGCAGAUGUUUUGUAGAUGCUGCGACGUGUAACUGCCGCCGUGAAGUUACAGGGAUUUUCUAACUUUUCCAUUUUUAACAGGUGCUUUUCCAGAUGCGCAGGAGGAGGAACGGGUGCCGUGUAUGAGUGUACAGUACGGAUUCAAGUGAUGUGACACUGUGUUGUUGUUGCACUUUUCCUCAGCUCACCCUUGUCUGUCUGUGAACCUGCUAUAAUUAAUGGGUUAAGUACUGGAAGCUGAAAAUAAAGGCAACAGGAAGGGAAAAGGGGUAAAAAUGGAGAGAGAUCAAUCUGAUGUUUCCUGUCUGAAGAGGAGGACAUUAACUCUGCUGCAGUUCUGAACCUCCUUUAUAAUGACUGCACACUAAUAAGUGGGACAUACAACGGUAAAGUAAUGCAUCAAGGAUUACCUAACAGCUCUGUAUGCUGGCAGCGAAUCAGUUGUUGCACAAGAGAGCAUUGUGUGUGAGAAGGUUGUGUUCUGUUUCAGUCUGUGUUGUUGAGUUGAAAAAGUUAAUAAAAAUUCAAUUCCAGGAUU